GCUCCCUCUCUCUCUCCAUGACUUCUCUCUCUCUCUCCAUGACUGUGUUGGCCACCUCGCAAUGCUCCGUCAGCCCCGGAUAGCCCCCCUCUCUAUGGUCACGCCUACACGGAUCAAGAAGAAAGGAAAAAGAGACAGACCUGAAGCAUAUCUCACGCCUAAACUAAGCAAUUUGAAUCAAACUGCAUUUGUGUGUAUCUAGAUCUACUGCAUAAACCAAACGAUUGUAUAAUAGAUCUUAGAUUCAGUAGUGGAAUUGCUAUAUGGUGAAUUACCCUUGGUCAAAAAUAUUGGCUAGAAAUCGGUCUCGCUACAUUUGUUGGUUUUCAUCAAUUUGUGAACGCCUUCUGAUGGGUCAGCAGGUCAGCCCUCAACUUCAACUUCACAAGCUCAAGUCUUCCCCAGUCCAUUCCAUCUCGAUCCCCCACGAGCUCCAAUAAACUAAUUACAGAUUUCAAGCUCGCUUCAAAUUCUUAAAUCCAACCCCAUUUUCACCUGAGCACACGCAUUGCUCGAGAACUCGCGUAGCAAGAAACCAUCAACAAGGGAAGGGAGCUUAGGCAAAGAAUCCAAGAAGGCAAGAACCAUGCUGGAAGAUGACGCCGCCAUGGACGCGGAUAGCCUCGUCGGCCAGGACCCGAGGUCGGGGGUGCGGCCAAGCGGUGGUGAGCGCGACUGGGCGGCGGCCGUGCUGGAGCCAGUGCGGUGGAUGCGGAUGCUGUGCCGGGAGCUGGGAGCGACGUUCGUGGCUGGGGUGGUGCUGGUGUACGGCCUCAGCCAGGGCUUCGCCGGCUCCUUCUUCCGAGUGGCGUCGGACUACUACUGGAAGGACGUGCAGCGGGUGCAACCAGCCACUGUGCAGUUCCUCUCCGUCUUCUUCUUCAUUCCAUGGGUGCUCAAACCGCUCUGGGGGAUCAUGACCGACGUCUUUCCCAUCUGCGGGUACCGCCGCCGCCCGUACUUCCUCUUCUCAGGAAUACUUGGAACGGUUUCAGCUGCUAUCGUUGCAGUAACUAUUGGAUUGCCAAUGAGUUCUGCUGUACUUUGCUUGAUGGGAAUCUCAACAGCAGUCGCCAUUGCUGAUGUAACAAUAGAUGCUUCAAUCGCAAAGAAUAGUAUUGAUAAGCCGGCGCUGGCUCCAGACAUGCAGAGCCUUUGUGCAUUCUCCUCAUCUCUAGGUGCACUUGUUGGGUAUGCUACAAGUGGAUUAUUUGUCCAUCAUCUUGGAGCACAGGGUGCGUUAGGUGUUAUGGCUAUACCUCCUGCCACAGUGGUUUUCCUUGGUUUUUUCAUAUAUGAGCUGAAAACACAUCAACAUAAUGUUAAAGAGAAGGUUUUAAACAAGGUUGGUGGGGCAGUGAAAGGAAUGGUUCGGACUAUAAGGUAUCCAGUAGUGUGGAGGCCAUCUCUUUACAUGUUCCUUUCGCUGGCUCUGAGUAUCAGCACCCAUGAGGGGCAAUUCUACUGGUAUACUAACAAGACACCACCUAAUCCUGGAUUUUCACAGGAAUUCGUCGGGCUGGUCCACGCCAUCGGCGCGGUGGCGUCCAUGCUGGGCGUGCUCGUCUACCACAAGUGCCUCAAGGAUUACCCGUUCCGGAGCAUCCUCUUGUACGCGCAGCUCCUGUACGGCGUGUCGGGGCUUCUGGACCUCACCUUCGUGCUCCGGUGGAACCUGGCGCUGGGCAUCCCUGACGCGGCGUUCGUGACCCUGGAGGAGUGCGUCUCCCGCGUGGUGGCCCGCGUCCGGCUGAUGCCGAUGAUGGUGCUGAGCACCAAGCUGUGCCCGCCGGGCAUGGAGGGCACCUUCUUCGCGCUGCUCAUGUGCAUCGACAGCCUCGGCAUGCUGGCGGCCAAGGCCGGCGGCGCGGCGGUGCUGCGCGCGCUGCGCGUCACCAGGACCGACUUCGGCCACCUCUGGCUCGCCGUGCUGCUCAGGAACGUGCUCAGGCUCGCCACGCUGGGGGCCAUCGGUCUCGUGCCCACCGCGGGCCAGACUGACGUGCUGGUGCCGCGCGAGCUCCUUGUGAGCUCGCCGGCUGGUGUGGCCGAUGACGAGGAAGAGAGGCUGCAGCUGGCGAUGCUCACUUCACACACUGACGAUGUAUAAUAUGUUAGAAAGUUAGGCAUUUUUAGUUUUAAUUUAAUCCAGAAAAACAGUGCGAUAUAUGUGAUGACAUGUAUGUGCAUGUGUGUAUAACUACUCGCAUAAGCAGUAAAUAGCAAUAAAACAUGCACGAAUACGAA